GUGAGCGGUGGCAGCGGCCGGAGCGCGGUGAGGCGGCGGCGGAACUCGGAGGCGGCCGCAGCGCAGGGCGUGGUGUGAUGGAGGAGGAGGAAAAGCCCCAAAUGUACCUCAUGAAGAGGGGCAGCAAACCCUGCCCAGGGAGCUCUGGGGAGGAAAGAGCCCCUGUGAGCCAGGAAUGCAUCCUGCAAUCCAGCCAGAGCUCAGAGCUGGUGAAGAAACCUCAUGUCAGGGAGAAGCCACACAGAUGCUUGGAAUGUGGGAAGUGUUUCAGCUGGAGCUCCACCCUGAGGCAGCACCAGGUGAUCCACACUGGGGAGAGGCCCUUUGAGUGUGAGGAGUGUGGGAGGAGUUUCAGCCACAACUCUGUCCUGAUCCAACACCAGGUGAUCCACACUGGGGAAAAGCCCUAUGAGUGUGGGGAAUGUGGGAUGAGCUUCAGGCAGAAGGGCUACCUGGUGCAGCACCACAUGAUCCACACUGGGGAGAAGCCCUUUGAGUGUGGGGAAUGUGGGAAGAGCUUCAGAGGAAGCUCGGCCCUGAUUCGGCACCAGGUGAUCCACACGGGGGAACGGCCCUACAGCUGCUUGCAAUGUGGGAAGAGCUAUGGGUGGAACUCUGACCUGAGAAAACACCAGCACAUCGACACCGGGGAGAAGCCCUACGAGUGUCCUGUGUGUGGGAAGAGGUUUCACAGGAGCUGCGAUCUCCUCAAACAUGAGCGGAUUCACACGGAGGAGAGGCCCUUCCGCUGCCUCGACUGCGGGAAGGGCUUCAAGCAAAACUGCAAACUCACCAUCCAUCGGCGCAUCCACACUGGGGAGAAACCCUACAAGUGUGGGGAGUGUGGGAUGAGAUUCUCACAGAGCUCUCACUUGACAGAACACCAGGUGAUCUACAUGGGGAAACGGCCCUACAAAUGUGGGGAGUGUGGGAAGGGCUUUGGGUGGAGCUCCAACCUCGUCCAUCACUGCAAGAUCCACAUUGGGGAGAGGCCCUUCCACUGCCCCGACUGCAGGAAGGGCUUCAGGCACAACUCCACCCUCGUCACCCACAGGCACAUUCACACUGGGGAGAGGCCCAAUGAAUGCUUGGAAUGUGGGAAGUGUUUCAGCUGGAGCUCCACCCUGAGGCAGCACCAGGUGAUCCACACUGGGGAGAGGCCCUUUGAGUGUGAGGAGUGUGGGAGGAGUUUCAGCCACAACUCCGUCCUGAUCCAACACCAGAGGAUCCACACUGGGGAGAAGCCCUUUGAGUGUGGGGAAUGUGGGAAGAGCUUCAGGCAGAGGGGCCAACUGAUACGACACCAGGUGAUCCACACUGGGGAAAAGCCCUAUGAGUGUGAGGAAUGUGGCAUGAGCUUCAGGCAGAAGGGCUACCUGGUGCAGCACCACAUGAUCCACACUGGGGAGAAGCCCUUUGAGUGUGGGGAAUGUGGGAAGAGCUUCAGAGGAAGCUCGGCCCUGAUUCGGCACCAGGUGAUCCACACGGGGGAACGGCCCUACAGCUGCUUGGAAUGUGGGAAGAGCUAUGGGUGGAACUCUGACCUGAGAAAACAUCAGCGCACCCACACUGGGGAGAGGCCCUAUGAGUGUCCUGAGUGUGGGAAGAGGUUUCACAGGAGCUGCGAUCUCCUCAAACAUGAGCGGAUUCACACGGAGGAGAGGCCCUUCCGCUGCCCCGACUGCGGGAAGGGCUUCAAGCAAAACUGCAAACUCACCAUCCACCGGCGCAUCCACACUGGGGAGAGGCCCUACGAGUGUGGGGAGUGUGGGAUGAGAUUCUCACAGAGCUCUCACUUGACAGAACACCAACGGAGGCGCCACUGAGGGAAUCCCUGCGAGUGCCCCAAGUGUGGGAAGAGCUU